CCAACAAGAAAGGGGUUGGCUUCAGCAGUCACCAACAGCCCAGGCGCUCGAAGCGAAGUCCCAAUUUCCCUUCCGGAGAGUUGAGCGGAAAGGGCUGCUCCUGCUGCUGAUCCGCAGUUCAGGACGCGAAGUCGAGGGAGAGACACGGGGGCUGUACCAUGGCUGGAUACCUCGGCGUGGCAGGGCCCAGCCUGUGGCUACUCUGGAGUUAUAUAAUCUUUGGAAAUGGACUUCAUAUAGAGAUUCUUGGCGGAAGGUAUGACCAAGUAUUCCAUCAGGACAGCCUAAUCAGGCAAAAGCGAGAAUGGAUUGUCCCAUCUGCCAAGAUCUGGGAAGAGCGUGACAAUUCCCAGAAGAAUCCAAUUGCUAAAAUACGGUCUGACAAAGAAGUUGAACCAGGAGUAAUUAUUACUUACACCAUUUCUGGCCAAGGAGUCACAGAACCACCAUAUCAUUUGUUUGUGAUUAAUGGGAAAACUGGAGAACUGAACAUAACUGGAAUAGUUGAUCGGGAACAAACCCCAAUGUUACAUCUGAAGGGCUAUGCACUGAAUCAAAAAGGUGAAUAUCUGGAAAGGCCGCUGGAUCUGCUGAUUAGAGUUCUGGAUAUAAAUGACAAUGAGCCAGUGUUUUCACAGGCAGUUUUUAUGGGUUCUGUUGAAGAACUGUGUAAUGUAGGUACUCUUGUGCUGAAGAUAAAUGCAACUGAUGCAGAUGAGCCCAAUACACUCAACUCCAAAAUUGCUUUUAAAAUUAUUUCACAAGAACCUAGUAAUCCUCCUGCAUUUAUAAUUAACCAAGCAACAGGCGAAGUUCAGACCGCAAUAUUCCAGCUUGACAGAGAGGUGCACAGUAAGUAUUCCUUGGUUGUGGAAGCAAGAGACUUUGGUGGCGAUUCAAAUGGGCAUGGUCAAGAGACCACUGUACAGAUCAAGAUUCUGGAUGUUAAUGACAAUAUCCCCGUCCUUGAAAAGGCUGUGUAUGAAGGAAGUGUAAAGGAAAAUAUAGCUAAUGUGGAGAUCAUGCGCCUGAAAGUCUUUGAUCAAGAUGAACAAUUUACUGAUAACUGGCUGGCAAACUUCAUGGUUGUGUCUGGCAAUGAAGGAGGCUAUUUCCAUAUAGAAACAGAUUCACAAACCAACGAAGGAAUUCUUACUCUGAUUAAGGAAAUAAAUUAUGAAGAAUUGCAGACACUUGACCUGAAGAUAGUUGUUUCUAACAAAGCAGCAUAUCACAAAUCAAUUAUUAGUCAAGGUUACCAAGCAAAACCAGUUCCUAUUAGAAUUAAAGUGGAAAAUGUGAGGGAAGGCCCCAUAUUUAAGCCCAAAACGUUAGUGAUUAAAACAAGUGAAACAAUGAAAAUAAACCAGCUUAUUGGAAGCUUUCAAGCUUAUGAUGAAGACACUGGAAAAAUAGCAGAACACAUCACGUAUGCCAAAGGUACUGAUAUUGCAAACUGGUUGACAGUAAAUUCUAAAACAGCUGAAAUCAGACUGCUUAAAGUCCCAGACUAUGAAUCACUGUAUGUCGUCAAUGGUACUUACACUGUAACAAUUUUGGCCAUAACUACUGACUACCCUCCAAAAACAGCUACAGGUACCAUUGUUAUUCAGGUUGAAGACACAAAUGAUCACUGCCCAAUUCUUGUGACUCCAACAACAACUCUCUGUACUGAUGCAAAGUAUAUUAAUAUCAGUGCUGAGGAUCAAGAUGGACAUCCAAAUGGUGGCCCUUUCACUUUCAUGGUCAUUGAUGAACCUGGAAGAAUGUCAGACAAAUGGAGAAUUGGCCAGAUAGAUGGGACUAGAGCCCAGCUUCUACCCCAGGAUGUGACACCUGGCAUAUACAAAAUUCCUGUUUUAGUGAAAGAUAACCAAGGUUUCAGCUGUCCUGACCAACAAGUUCUGGAGGUGCACGUUUGUGAUUGCAAGGGUGACGGUGGUUGCAAAGAAGCAAUUGUUAGCUCCUCUGUUUUUCUGGGACCUGCUGCAGUUGCACUGAUGAUCUUGGCAUUUUUGCUGCUACUCCUCGUACCUCUCUUACUGCUGGCUUGUGGCUUUGGAUCAGGUGGUGGGAAAGGCUUUGUAGCCAUACCUGAUAACAGUGAAGAAAUGUUGCGUAACUGGAAUAGUGAAGGAGCAGCACCUGAAGACAAGGCAAUCCUGAACCUCCUUACUUCCUCUGGUUUGGAAAAGAACCUGGGAAGUGGGGCAGCCAUCGCAGGUGCAGGAGCAGCAGCUGGAGCAGCAGCAGCAGCAGGGAGCGGCUUUUCCUCUGCAGUCAAGGAGCAGCAUGUCAGCAGCAACACGAUCACGAGAUGGCAGAGAGAAGAGCAAGAAGCUCUUCUUUCCAGUGCAGCGUUUGGAGGUGCCGCAGCAGGGGCGGGCUUGACUGCAGGCAGGACAGUACUGAUGGGAGCUGGCAGAACCCUGGCCAUGGGAAGUGGCACCAUCAGGAAUGAAGAAUUCUUACGGGAUUACUUCAGUGAGAAAGCUGAUACUUUUGCUGAUGCGGAUGAAGUGCAGCUUGCCAAAGAUUGCCUACUCAUUUACUCACAGGAAGAAGAACAUGAUUCCCCUCAUGGUUCAGUUGGCUGUUGUAGCUUUAUUGAAGGCGACUUUGAUGAACAUCUCCUGGAUGACUUGGGAGACAAAUUUAAGACUCUGGCUGAGAUCUGCAUGGGCAAACACACAGGCCUAGAAGCAGAGCAGCUCAGCUCUCACACCCAGAAAGUAAUGAAUGGAUCCGGUCUGCAAUACUCACAGCAGCAAAAUGCACUGAAUGCUGAACACACCUAUUCUUCGGGGUCUGUCUACAACGUACCUGAACUUGGGAAAGGCUUUGGUUCCGAAACUGUGACUGAGGAAACGGUAACUGAGACAACUGUUAAAACUAAGCCUGGCCUGCAGCCAGUAAAGCGGAUCCCAGACCCUAUGAUUAGUAGCAGCAGCAAUGUUGUAGUGACAGAAACAUCCUACACGGCAGUACCAUCAACAGUCAUCCGUGACCCUCAGUUUAAGGAGAAUGUGGUAGUGACAGAAAGGGUCCUUGCACCUGCUUCUAACUUGCAGGACAUGUUAGAAAUGCCUGCUGGAGUCUUCCCAGACCUUCCAGAUUCAAAGUACGUUGUCGUGAGAGAAAGGGAGCGGUUCCUUGUGCCUAGUUCUGACUUAAAAGCGUCUUUGAGCAUCCCCAAUCUGUCAGAAGGGCAGAACAUGGGAUUAACUGAGAGAGUAAUGACACCAAUUUCUGGUGUGCAGGCCACAGCUGAUUCAGGCACCUUUUCUGGAAAUGAAAGGCAGGAACAGAUUUUAAUCUCUGACUCCUCCUUUAACCAAAGUAGCCCAGAGGAAGUGCUUCCCACGGGUUCAACCUUGAGCAAGUCCUCAAGGGUCAAAAAAUACAGCUCUGUCCAAUAUACACGCUCAUAGGUGGUAAAUUUUCACCCAUCACUUCAUAUGUAGUAUUUAACGUUGGUAGGAUUGGUGCAUUUCCUUCUCAAAAGCUUGAAUACAUUGCCUCACUUUCCUAACAAUGCUUAUUAACAAUCCAUAAGGGUGCAACCUUAAAACCACUUACUAGGAGCAAUGCCUCAUUGAAUAAUGUAGGGUUUAUUUCUGAGAAGUUACUCAUAAGAUUGCUCUGUUAGAGCUCCUGCAAGAGACUCCCCAAGCUUGCACAGCUAGAAAAAAAUAUUGUUUAUCAAAAGAGUAACAUAAAUCUCUGUAUGACAUCAAAGCUAGUAUAUUUUUAGUCUGGUUGAUAAUCCAGUUAAAGUCAGUUCAGUUUUGUUCAUUGUGCAGCAAAUUCUACUGGCCUGCACCAUGAGCCUAAACAUGGUACUUUCAAUUAUUUUUUUAAUGAAUUCACUGGAUUUAUUGUUUCACCAGUGUAGUUAAUGCUGAAGUAUAUAUCAGCAAAUUUGAACAUGUUUGUUUAGUCAAACUGACUUCAGAAAUGUGUCUUUUAAACAGCACAGUGUUCACAGUCAGCUUCCACUGAGCUUGGUGGGGUUUAUUCUUCAGUCUGUACAGUCAGGAUGCAGCCUUAAAUCUACAAUUUUAACUGGUAUGAGGUUUGUUACAUAAAGAGGGAGUAUUCAUAUUCUUUAAAAGAAUGGAUCUCACUUGAUUUUAAAAAAUUAAACUCUAGAUUUUUAUAAAUUCUCUACCAAUAGAGACCAAGUGGAAUGCGAUUUUGUUUUUUGUAUUUCCUUUUCAAGCUGAAUUAGUUUGUCUGCGUAGUUGGUUCAAAUACUGUAUUUGAACAGGAUAUUACAUUUCUGAAGGCAGAAUUCCAUCCACUGUGGGGGGGGGGGGUUUACCCUAGAUGCCAGAUAUCAUCACACAAUCUUGCUCAAUGCCAUGGCCAUCAAAAAAAAUUAACCUUUGUCAAUCUCAAGAUUUCCGCCAUUUUUUAAAAAAAUGUUUACUUUAAAAAAAAUGAGGUUCUGCACUCUGGAUGCCUAUCCUGUAUUCUCCUCUGAGUUUCCUUUUCUACCCGACAGACUGUCGGGAUUCCACACCCCAUUGGACAGGCCCAGUCUUGGUUAGCCUGUUUUAUGGAAGAAGGAUUCCCUAAAGAUGAUUCCCAACGAUGUCUUUCAGAUCUGCUGAUCCCUCCCUCUUGUGCAUGGGGAGUGCAGUUUUAUUAGAUAAGAAUCAUUCUGUAAAUACUUGAGUGCGCUCUAAGGUAUGGAAUCAGGUUUGGCUUUCUUUGCAUGUGAAAUGAGUUCCUGUGUUGCUCAACAGAUAAACCACUAGAGAUAGAUCAAAUUAAAAUAAGUAUCCAGUGUGGGAUGCAGAAAUAAUAUUGGACUUAGAGAAGGAGAGAAUUCAGCCUUGAGGCCUGUUUGAUGCCCUUGUACCAUUGAUACAUUUUUGUUUCACAUACUUCGUAAAGACCUUAAGCUAAAAGAUAUAAAUAAUGACCAUAGCAUGUUUUGAGUUGGACAUUUUUGUACAUAAUAUGUCUGUCUGAUAAUUGAAAUGUUAAUAUGAGAGGAAAUAUGAAUACAUAUGUUUAUGUUUUGGGGUGAACAAUGCAUUCAUAGGAUCAAACAUCUGCUGAUUUUAAGUUUUCUCCUUUUUAAAUUCAUAGUUCUGUCUAUGGCUAUUAUAUAUGAUGUCAUGUUAUAGUGAAUUUAAGCCACUUCAGUAGUCCACAGUGGACUUACGGUUAUUUUCAUAUUUUUCUCAUCUGGUAUGGGAAUACAACCUGCUUGAUUUCAAAAUGUAGUAACUGAUUUCAGGGUUCUUAACUUUCAUUUUAUAUAUCUUGACUUUGCUGUUUAAGCACUAGUUUUGUAGUUGAGGAAUGGGCUGGAUAUGCUGGAAUUUUUUAAUGGAAUUUGAAAUAAAACCAAAAAACCUA